AUGCCUCCUAAGGACACAAGCGCCCUGACGGCUGGUGACCAGAAGUUCUUCACUGCCAUCUUCAAGUAUCUUCCCACUAGCAUGGAAAUUGACUGGGACGGGCUUUCCCAGGAGCUCGGUCUGAAGGACGCAAAAAUUGCAAAGAUGCGAUUCUCACAGAUCCGACGCAAGUUUAAUAAGGAAGAAGCGGCGGGAGAUUCCCCUCAGAAAACUAAGGCUGCUAGAGUCACCAAGCCUACCAAGGGCAAGAAGGCUAAGGUUGCUGGCAAGGGCCGAGACGAGUACGAUACCUACGAUGACGACGAGGAUGUUAAGCCCGCUACUAAGAAGGAGCCUGAAGAUGAUGACGAGGGUGCGAUCAAGAUCGAGGAUGGCGAUGAUGAGGCCAUUGAUACCCAAAAGUGA